UGAUCUAUCUGAUCUGUUUUGUCUAUCUUGGUCUAUCUUGGUGUAUCCGGUCUAUCUUGUGUUUCUGAUCUCUCGAUCUAUCCAUCUGUCUCUCUUAUCUAUCUUAGGUGUCUUAUUUAUAUAUGUAUAUAUUUAUAUAUCUAUGUAUCUGUGUAUCUAUGUGUCUAUGUGUCUAUGUAUCGAUGUAUGUAUCUAUGUAUCUAUCUAUUUGUUUGUCUGUCUACCUAUCUAUCUAUCUAUCUAUCUAUCUAUCUAUCGCUUGGCCAAUUAGUACUCUUUUUUUCCGCAUGCCAUUAAAGACAUCGCAUGGAUUGGCAACAUCCAACGAACAGAUAGAACAUGAUUAUGGUUGGAUUCUUGGCAUGGGGUUGGUUUUGAAUCUGUCUUUGACCCCCUGUACGUUCCUUAAAUGUGGUUUUGUAGAAGAUUGUUGGAGGGUUCUUGGGGUUGUUUGUGGUGGUUUUUUUGGUCCUUGUUGGCUCCCGAAGUUCUGUUUUGGAGCUGUCCCGUUCAGGAGCUGGCAGUGUUUUGCAAGACUUCCAGGUCACCGGAUGCCUUGCAUUUCGUGCCGAAUUGGAUGCCAGCUUGGAGUUGGUCGUGCUUCAUGAUGAUGGCCAUUUGCAGCCUUGCGUGGGACCUGUCAACACCACAGGUUGUUUGGCAUUCUGCUGCACAUUCCCCAGGUUCGCUCUUCAUGUCCAAGUUCUACUAUGAACUUCUGCCUCCUGCAAUCAACGUGAUGAUGGGCAUCGCAAUAGCUUGGUUUAGUUUCCAGAAGCUUGAUGGCCACAAGCAGACAUUGGAUCAGAUGGAAUCCUUUGAUUUGAGAAAUGCUCAGUGCACCUUGGAAACGGAUCGGGUAGUACUUCAGAGGCUAGUGCAAGAUCUUUUUGAUGAGGCACUGGAACCUCCCGUGUCAGUCUCCCUUGAUGCGGGAGAGGUGUCGGAGGCGGACACAGAUUCUUUGGAUCCCCUUGUUUUGAAGCAAUCUUUGCAAGACGUUCGUCAUGUCACCAGCUACCCGACGGAAGAAGAAGUCAUUGGCCAGUUCAAUGCCUAUGUGAGGGGCCCAUUGCGUGAUAGAGUCAUGAGCUUGAUAGGUCGUGAGAUCGACAUCUCGUUGGAACUGCGCGCGGUAUCCAAUCUGCCGCUCGUACUCCUGGGAGUUUUCCUGGUUUUCAGCUGUGAUCGUCACUCAAAUUGCUCUGGUGCCCUCAUUGAAGGCUACUCGUCGGUGUCUCACUACAUCUUGACUACUGCUGUGGUAAACUGUGUCAUUGUACCCCUUAUUUUGGUUGCCUUUACAUUUCCGCUGGCACUACGUGCCAACCACCUGCUGACCUUGGUCGUCAAGGGGAAGGUGUUGCGCAUGCUUUGCGGAAUAUUUGUCAGCACUCUGGUCUUGGCGUUGAAUAAUGCCUGGGCAGCUGCUGGGGCCGCCGGAAUGAUGGUGAUUAUGUGUGAACCUUCCACGAUAGGCGUGGCUGUCUACUUGGGCCUUGGCUUUCUCAUGUGUUGUUCGGCCUGGUUCCUCCACCCCAACAUGGCGCGAACACAACGCCAGCCAGCUGUGAGCGUAGCGAAGACCUUUUGCUUCGCUGGAUAAGCAUCUUUGGCUCUCCCAGAGAACGAGUCCGAUUUGGACUUUUCCAUGUAGUGUGGAACACCGCGGAUGGGGAACUGAGAUGUGUAGAAAAAA